AUGCGCGAAAUGAUCAGAGAGGCCCCUCUGGGGCAGAUGUUCCGUUUCCUCUCUCGAGGGAAGUUGUUCAGCUACCCCGAAGAGGAACCUGGCUUCGAGCUGCCGCCACAGUACAUCGCGCUGCUCAAGGCUGACAAGGAGCCCGGAUUCAAAGAUAAGGAGGGUUCAGAGUCUGAAAAUGAGCAUACAGCUGUACUAGCCAACGAUCUCACUUCUCGACCACGACCACACGAACAUGAAGACCGCGAUAUGGAGAUGUUGGGAAGGACUAUAACCGCAAGCACCACCCACACCGCACCCUACAGUAACGAACGAUUGCGAGCUGAGAUGACAAUUGCUAUUGAGCGGACCAAUUCAAUCCCAAUUGUUCCCCAGACAACGGCUGACAACCUAAUUCUCGUGGAUUGGUACACCACCGACGACCCAGCAAAUCCACAGAACUGGUCGACUUUCAAGAAAUGCUCCGUCGUCUUCAUUCUCGCUCUUUACACAUUCACAGUCUAUUGCGCCGGUCCCAUCUUCGCUGCUUCGGAGCCUGGGCUGGUUCUACAUUUCGGAGUCAGUCCAGUUGCAACCUCACUCGGGCUCGGGCUCUAUGUACUAGCAUACGGCAUCGGAGAUCUGUUAUUCUCUCCAUUGACCGAAAUCCCGAUCAUCGGAAGGAACCCGGUUUACUGGCUGACGUUCCUUGUUUUCUGGGCACUGUCUUUCGGACCUCCUGUGGUAAAUAGCUUCGGCGGACUUCUAGUUUUGCGAUUCUGGCUGGGUUUCUUCGGAAGUCCUGCCUUAGCCAAUGGAGGCGCGACAAUAGGCGACAUGUUUACCUUGAUCUACAUCCCCUACGGCUUGCUGUGGUGGGUAUUCUCAGCCUGGGGCGGGCCAGCCAUUGGCCCGAUUAUCGGCGGCUUCGCUGCCAUGGCCAAAGGUUGGAGAUGGCCAAUGUGGGAGGUUGUUUGGAUGGCAUCACCAGUCCUAGUGAUUCUCCUGGUUCUUAUGCCGGAGACAUCAUCGCAGAACAUCCUGCUACGACGAGCACGCCGAUUGCGCAAUUUAACAGGCGAUACAAGGCUACAGUCUCAGAGCGAGAUCGAUCAACGCCACAUGAAGGCCUCAAAAAUACUCACCGAUGCACUGAUCCGACCGAUGGAGAUUAUGUUUAAGGAUCCUUCAAUAUUCUUCGUCAAUUUGUACACCGGCUACUUCUACGGCGUUUUCUACACCUUCUUCGAAGUCUUUCCGCUGGUCUUCCCGCCGUUCUACGGCUUCGAUCUUGGUCAAACCGGUUUAGCAUUCGUUUCAUGCUUAAUUGGUGUCACCGUCGCUAUUAUGGCUUAUUCAUCGUAUCUCUACUUCUAUAUGGUGCCCGACAACAUCAAAAACGGCCUGCGAGAGCAAGAACACCGCCUCGUCCCUGCAAUUGUGGGUUCAUUCCUACUACCGGUCGGACUAUUUACGUUCACUUGGACUUCCGACUCGAAUAUCCACUGGUCUGUACCGCUUCUUGGCGUGGGUAUCUUUACGAUCGGUCACUACUUCACGAUGCAGUCGCUCUUUAUCUACAUCCCCUUCUCGUAUCCUCAGUACGCGGCGUCUCUCUUCGCAGGAAACUCGAUAUGGAGGUCGGGUAUUGCUGGCGGGGCAGUCGUCUUUGCGAGACCACUCUUCAUUAACCUGGGUGUUCAUCGGGGCGUAUCCCUUCUUGGUGGCUUGAGUUGUGCCGGGAUUUUUGGAACUACGGCCAUCUACAUCUUCGGUAAGAAGCUUCGUGCUCGGUCUAAGUUCGCAGUGCACUAG